ACACAAUCAAAGCCCAAUUGACUAGGUAGAUUUCCUGACCAGAAAAAAAGGACCAAGUAAAUUUAGCUUCUUACCGACUAAGACUAAGUAAAACUUCUCCACAAACAGCACUCCUGUAGGAAGGUUGACUUACGGUAAGUGACCCAACAAAUCGGGAAAAAAAGGGGAAAUGAAAAAGGCCAAAUACAAGACGAUUUUUUGUUUUUUUUUUGUUUAAACACAAACAGGGAAUUACAAUAUCCACUCAAAAUCAUCAAGGCCAAUUAAAUGUUGAGCAAACCGGCUCCAGUUUCUUCUGUCCUCUCUUCAUUCAUAAUAACACUAUCAUUGAUCAUCUCAACUACCUUCCCUACCCAUAUCAAAUCACAGAACAGUACCUCAGACUACGACCUCUGCACGCCGUUCAAGUGCGGCAACAUCACUUUCUCCUUCCCUUUUUCUUCUCUCACAUUCGGUUCAGGGCCCAAAACCUGCGGCCUUCCUAGCUACCAAAUCACAUGCGAUGACCUUUCUUCAGGUAUCAUUCUCUCCGGUAGGUUUUUCCAAGUUAAAGACCUAUACUUGUCGGAUCGCUUGAUCACUGCUGUUGACAUUCAACUUAUCAAAGACUUGACUGCUGGUUCCUGCUCUUCUUUGCGGAACUUUACAGUUUCUAGUACCUAUAAUCCUUCUCUCAGCCUCAGUCUUCCUCCUGGGACCCUUAACUUCACUUUACUUAUGUGUCCAGCCGAGCUAGAGCUUUCCAAAGAUUUCCUUGAGAAGGGUAGCUAUAGUUUUACUUGUAUGGAAGGGGAUAAACUUUAUGUAUGGGAUCCCCCCAGUCAGCUGAAACUCAGCCCUUUGUUAGCACCAAGCGAAUGUAGUGUCGUGACGGUUCCUAGCAAUAGUUUCUUGAAUAUAAGUAAUGGUACUUCUGAUGAUCAUCGGAUUCAACUGGCUCAUAUAUUGGUCGAUGGGUUCGCUUUGACUUGGCCUGAUUUUAAAGAGUGCACCAACUGUAGUUCAGUAGGGGGACGAUGUGGAUUUGACGGGAGCUUGGGCAGAAUUGUUUGCUUUCACAAGCCGGGAAGCUCAAAGAAGAAUCCAAAAAAACGGGAACUUAUCAUAGGUAUUGCAACUGGAAGUUGUUUUACUUUGCUUCUUGUAGUCCUUCUAGUCUUAAAAGGACGAGUGCCGGCCUUGAAGAGGAAGAAGAACCAAAACACUGAAAAUAGGAAAAAUGUUGAGCAAUUUGUUAAAACUUAUCAAUCAGCCUUGCUAAGCAAUUAUUCAUACAGAGAUAUAAGGAAGAUGACGAAUGGAUUCAGGGAAAAACUAGGUGAAGGAGGCUAUGGAAAUGUCUACAAGGGAAGACUAUCUGAUGGUCGCCUAGUUGCAAUCAAACUACUAGAGAAGUUGAGCAGCAAUGGUCGCGAUUUUGUGAAUGAAGUUGCCACCAUCGGUACGAUACAUCAUUUUAAUGUUAUAAGAUUAUUAGGGUUCAGCUGGAAUGGUUCAAAACAAGCUCUGAUAUAUGAAUAUAUGCCUAAUGGAUCGCUAGCCGACUUAUUAUCUAAUGGGGAGUUUAGCUUAUCCUUAAGACUAUCAAGGAUGCUUGAAAUUGCUAUAGGAAUUGCUCACGGAAUAGAGUAUUUACACAAUGGUUGUGAGUCGCGAAUCUUGCAUCUAGACAUAAAGCCGCAAAAUGUGUUGCUAGAUCAAAAUUUGAAUCCAAAAAUCUCUGAUUUUGGAUUGGCAAAAAUAUACUCUCGGAAUAGAAGUGUAGUGACAAUGACGGAUGCAAGAGGAACAAUUGGUUAUAUUGCUCCUGAGAUUUUCAUGAGAAACCUAGGAAAUCCGUCGCAUAAAUCUGAUGUCUAUAGCUACGGGAUGUUGCUCUUAGAAAUGAUAGGGGGAAGGAAACAGGUUGAACGUAACAUAUUAAGCACUUCAAGUGAAGCAUAUUUUCCGGAUUGGAUAUACGAUAAAUUAAUUGAAGAAAAGAAUAUAGAGAUUGCAGAUUCUAUCGCAGAAGAGGACGAUGAUAUAUCAAGGAAGAUGAUUACAGUAGGUCUAUGGUGCAUUCAAAUAAAUCCUAAAGAUCGUCCUUCAAGGACAGGAGUGUUGGAAAUGUUAUCGGGAAAUGUAGAUGCAAUUGAAAUUCCUCCAAAACCUGUCUUUCUUUCUCCCCCUUGUACGCAACAUGAGAUUAUUAUAGAAAAAGAUACUAGUUCCUUGCCUCUCAAUUCAGACAGUCAUGACACACAAAAUUAAAAAAGAAAAUGUAAGCUGAAAAAUACUUUUUGCAAAGAAGAGGAAAUGCUAGAAGAUAAACAUUUUGGAAAAAUUGUAAAAGUUGAUGUAUUUUAUUGUAUUAUUAUUAUUUUCCUGAAA